CGGCGGGGGUACGCACGGCUGAAAGAGCGCAUUCGAAUGAGAGAGCAGGAGAGGCGAGACGGAGGGGGCGUGUUGGGAAGGCGCCGUUCUGCAUGCAGCCCCGCCAUCGGCUCCCCACCCGCGAGGAUCCUGGUGCAGCAGAGGCGCAACUGCAAAGUGCAACAGCCUUGGGGUGGGUGCGGCUCGUUUCUUCUCUCUCCCCGCCCCCCCUUCAUGUGCAGCAGGAGGUUGUGGCUGAUCGUUUUGGGUGGGUGGGAUGCAGGAGGGGUGCGAUCAAAACACCUCCGCGCGGAGGAUUCUUGUUCUGCGAUAUUGCUUUUCCCGCAGAUACGGAUCGAAGCAUGUUUAUAAAGUGUAGGGAGCUGCCUUAGCUCCCGGAUGCUCCGUUUGCCCGCCAAACCCAGAGCAGGCAGUAGUUCUCCAGGGCAUCUCCUUACUACCGCAUCCUCCCGCCUGAACAUGGCAGAGGUGCAACAUGCGCGAUAGAUGCUCUGCUGUACUCCCUCCCGAUAUGGUAUUCCCAAACUUUUUAGGGGUGUGGGGUUGUGCACCUCGUCAAGAAUUGAUGUGGUGCAGCCUUUGGCAGUCUGAUGCCCUGCAGAUGUUUUGGGCGGCAAAAACAGAGGACUGGGAGUGAUGGGAGUUGCAGCCCAGAUCAUCUGGAGGGCAGCAGGUUGGUGAUGAAUGAACAGUGUGUUUCCUCUGUGUUCAAAGCCCUUCAGAUGCAGAACCCUAAAAAACGGUUCUCCCAAGUAGGCCAGUGUUAUGUCUGCAUCUGACAGAGAAGGAGGGAAGAGCCAACUCUUAAGAGUUAGUAAAUGGCUCACUGAAUGCAACCCUGUGAGUUCAUAGUCUUAGGUUCCCCGAUGAUGUGGGACUGCAAGCCCCACCAUCCCCUUCCCAGCCUGGCCAAUGGUCAGUAGUAACAAGGGUUGAUGUUCAACUGCAUCUGGAGACCAAGCCUGGUCAUUUGCCUAAUGAUAAUUUAGCAGCAGGUUCCCCACAAGCAUGGGGUGCGCUACAAGCAAAAGGUGUCCCUUUCUGGCAGCGCUGUGCUCUCAAGAUGCAUGGCUCUGCCGGAGAUCUGUGAGGCAGGUUCUUUUGUUCCUCAGUGGGGCUGCCACAUUCCCAUUGACACAAGCUCUCAACCAUUUUGCUAACCCAAACCUACCCAGGCCCCAGAUCUGAGCUUUCAAGCAGCUCACGUGGUGCAAAAUUCCUCAACCAGGAUUGUGCUUAGGCUGAAACUUCCUGUUCUGCACUGUCUGGUCUCUAGUUUGAGGUGGGUUCCCUGCCCCCAACCUCCAAGCAAGGCAAUGUGUCACGCACACUAAUGGUCCAGUGGGCAUUUAAGUCAGUGACAAGAUUAAAAUCUACUCUGGCUUCACUUUAUUCACGACCCCAUUGAAGAUUUGGAUGGGCCUCUUUGUGCUUACCGAGAAAGAACGGAUAUUUCCUGCUGUUAGGUUUUAAAAGCUGGCAGACAUCUGUUACACCAGGGUGGGGAACCUGUGGCCUGUCAUAUGUUUCUGGGCUCCAGCUUCCAUCAUCCCUGACCAUUAGUGGCUUAUGGUGGCUGGCGCUGAGCCAGAAGUUCCCCAUCUCUGUCUUAGGCUAAAACAUAUUUUAAUUAGAUGGACUGCCCUCUUGCCCCCUGCUAAUUCUGACCCUCCUUCUCUGCUUGCUCUCUAGCGCGCCCCCUUGGCCAUGGGGCUGAAGGGUGCUCAGAAGGCUCUCUUCCCCCUGCGCUCCGUCUCAGAUGUGGUCCGCCUCUUUGAGCUGGAGCUUCGCCGGGAGCAGCCCGACCUGGUGCUGCUUUCACUUGUCUUGGGCUUCGUGGAGCAUUUCCUGGCCGUCAACCGCGUCUUGCCCACCAACGUGCCGGGCAUCAGUUUCGAGCCUGCCCAAGGUCCCGACAGCCUGACCUACUUCCCGGUGGCUGACCUGAGCAUCAUUGGGGCCCUGCAUGCCCGUUUCACUGCCCAAAUCCGCGGGGCCGUGGAUCUCUCGCUCUACCCGCGGCCAGAGGGCUACUCUUCCCGGGAGCUUGUCAAGAAAGUCUCUGAUGUCAUCUGGAACAGCUUGAGCCGCUCCUACUUCAAGGAUCGGGCCCACAUCCAGUCACUGUUCAGCUUCAUCACAGGUGGGGCCACGAAGAGAGCAUGCUGCUCUCCGUCCCAAGUGCUCAGCUGCCGAUCUCAUGUUGCCCUGCAUAUAUUUGUUUAUUAGAUUUAUGUUCCCCCUUUCUUGCAAGAGGUUGGGUCUCUUCCGCCCCACUGGGGGGGGCAUAUUGUUUUGCUUUGUUUCGUUUCAAUUAUUUACUUGUGUUUUUAUCUUGUACUUUAGUCUGUGAACCCCCCUGGAUCUUAUGAUGAAGGGUGGUUUAUACAUUUAAUAAAUCAAUAAGCAAAUAAAUGCUGUCCCCACAGCCGCCCUUCAACGCAGGCUAGGGCAAGAGACACUGACUGGCUCAAGGUCACUCAGCGAGUUUCAUGGCUUAGCAAGGAUUCAAAUCCUGGCCUCGCAGGUCGUUGUCAAGCACGUUUAACUGCUGCAUCCUACUAUCUCUCUAUAUGAUGGGGAUGUCGGAUAUUUUGAAAACAAAGAGUGAGCAAGGCCUGGUCCUCUUUGCUGGUCCUCUUAGAUGUGCUGCUAUAUUGUUUGGGUGGCCUUAUCUUUGGCCUGUACUACAAGACAAGCUAAGGGACGCGGGUGGUGCUGUGGUCUAAACCACAGAGCCUAGGGCUUGCCGAUCAGAAGGUUGGCGGUUCGAAUCCCCGUGAUGGGGUGAGCUCCCGUUGUUCGGUCCCUGCUCCUGCCUACCUAGCAGUUCGAAACCACUUCAAGUGCAAGUAGAUAAAUAGGUACCACUCUGGCAGGAAGGUAAACGGUGUUUCCAUGUGCUGCUCUUGUUCGCCUGGCCACGUGACCUGGAAAAACUGUCUGCGGACAAAUGCCGGCUCCCUCGGCAUAUAGAGCGAGAUGAGUGCACAACCCUAGAGUCGUUUGCGACUGGUCCUAACCGUCAGGGGUCCUUUACCUUUACAAGACAAGCUACAGUCUCCCAUUUUUUGGAGUUUCAAGAAACAAGGCUCUCAGCAAAAUUACCAGUAACUCUCAAAACUGGUGUUAGGAGUAAACUGCUCAUUUGACGUUUGUGCAAAAAAAAUAUAAAUUAAUCAAAGGCUUCUGCAAGGUCAAGGGAAGAGGCUGUCCACUGCUUCACCUUUUGAGUUACUGUCCUGGCUUUGCCUCCUACCAGCCAGCUGCCAUAAGCCAGGGGAGGAAGGUUAAUUGUGCCCAACAUCUGCAGUGGGUGCGGCAUGAACCGUCAAUCCUCAUGCACAAGCACAGCAGAAUUACCUGCUUUCAGACGUUGUAGCUCAGGGUGUCUCUGUACUGCUCUGGGCAUGGCUCUUUCCAAGCAGUGGGCUGGCUCAUAACAGCAGUUUGUGCAGAGAGGCCACAGGUGUGCUUCUCCAAAGGUGGGCAGCUUUCACCCUCCAAAAACAAUUCUUUUAAGUGUGGCUGCAUGCCUCCCAUUUUUAAUCAAGAUGCAACAGUGUUUUUCCACUGCUCUUCAAGCUGUCCUGAACGUUCUGCUCCUUUUCUUUCUUUUACCAGGCACCAAACUAGACAGCUCUGGGGUGGCCUUUGCAGUUGUGGGGGCCUGCCAGGUCCUAGGACUUCUGGACGUUCACCUGGCGCUCUCUGAGGACCACGCUUGGGUGGUGUUCGGCAAAGAUGGGGAGCAGACCGCGGAGGUGACAUGGCACGGCAAAGGCAAUGAGGACCGACGUGGGCAAACAGUCAACUCUGGUGUGGCAGAACGGGUAAGAUAUCAGCUCAGGAAGGGAGGAUGUUCCCCUCUCGUCUUCACAAAGGAGACAGGAGCAGCUGGAUAGAUGGUUUGUAGCUUGCAGGUUCUUUACUCCAUCCACUUCUUCCAUAGGAGCGAAUUAGCUUUAGACGGUGUACACAUUUCAUUUCAUCUCAUCUCAUUUCAUUAUUAUAGGAGCAUGUGUGUUUGUUUCAUAUGGCCAAUCUGAGCAUCUCAGUGUAGAGGCAAAAAUAAAUCUUGGGAAUAGGUCCAUUGUGCAUGGAUCUGACCAGCCAAUAAAUGUGAAAUACAGCCUGCCCCCCUUCAUGAAAAUUCUUAUUUUAGUGCUGCUGCCUGGUGAGACGCAGCCACAGCUGCAAUUUGCCUGUCAGCCUUCCAGCAAAUGUCUCUGGAAAGCUUACAAGGAAGGCGUGAGCAGUGGCCUAGUUGGGGGGGGGGCACAGGGGCGGUUGCCCCGAGUGCAAAUUUGUUAGGGGGCACAAAAUUUCAACACCUGGUGCUGCCUCAGUACAGCUGCAUGCUUCUGUUGCUGCACUCAGUUGAGAACUGUUUCUCCAUGCAAACCAGGAAGUGACUUCUCCAGACGACUCUUCUUAUUUCUAUGACUGCAAUCUCCUGGGUGAUACAGACACCAAUAGGCAGUUGAAUGUGCAUGCUGGCAACCCAUGCUACACCACUGGGCGUGAGAGGGACACCUUUAUGCCUCUCUUGUUUGUUGCCAUUCCAGCUGGGAAUUGCCAACAUCCUUCCUUGAGUGAGGCGGCUUAGUUGUUAUCGCUAACAUGAAAAAUCACCCUCCAGAAAUUGGUUUUCUAUUGUUAUUGUUAUUAUAUUUUAAAAAUAAAGCUCUCCAGUAUACCUUCAGCCACACAACACUAUGCAAAUAUCUGAAACGAGGGAGAUCAUAGCUGGGUGGUAGAGCAUGUUGGUUAGGAAACAGGAGGCCCCUGGCUCAAUCCUGGUGAUAUGAAAGACCCACCUCAGUCCGAGAACUUGGAGAGCUGCUGCCAGCCAGGGUGGGCAAUAGUGGAAUAGAAAGGCCAACAGUCCGACCUGGCAGAGGGCAACGUCUUUGUGUUUCAUGGGUGGCAGAAUCAUUUGCUUGGAGUGCAGAAGAUCCCAGGUUCCAUCCAAAGAAAGAAAGAGAGAGAGAGAAAGAUCCUGCCAUGGGAAAGUUGAUGCUCACCCAGACUUCUCACCUGCAAAAUUCCCUCCCCCUUUUCAGAGCUGGCUGUACCUGAAGGGCUCCUACCUGUGCUGCACCCGCCAGAUGGAGGUGGCCUUCAUGGUGUGUGCCAUCAAUCCUUCCAUCGACUUGCACUCGGAUAGCCUGGAGUUGCUGCAGUUGCAACAGGUGAGCUGACAUGGAUCGACCCCCCUCCUUCCCUUUGGUGGGGGUUUGCAGAAACUGGAGCCGAUAUCAUCACCACCAUCAUGAUGCCUCUCAUGCUUGCCUCUCUGUCUCCAUCCCUUGCAGAAGCUGCUGUGGGUUCUCUAUGACCUGGGCCACCUGGAGAAGUAAGUACUUUAGAGAGGGCCUGGUCUCACAGGGCCCGGCCCUGUCAUUAGGCAGAGGAACCUUUGGCCCCUCCAGAUCUUGCUUGACUUGCAACUCUCAAUGUUGGUCACGCUCACUGGGGCUGAUGGGAGUUGUAGUCUUCCCAGUUUGGGGAAGGCAGCUCUAGGGAGAGGAAUCCAGCCCCCAUCCUGAUGCUGUUAGCUAACAGAGCCCAAACAGCUUCAUUUCUCUGUGUCUUUCUUAGUCUCAUGCAGCACAUAGUUAAACUAUGGAACUCAUGUCCACAUGAGGCAGUGAUGGCCACCAGUCUAGAUGGCUUUAAAAGAGGACUUGGCCUGAUCCAGCAGACAUAAGCUUAUGCUCUUAUGUUCUUAAGUUGCAGAGGUCUGCAGAGGGAGUCUUGCUCCUUUCUAGAGGAGCUUCCAGCUAUUUCUGAGUAAUUUCCAGAGAGUCUCGGCCACGUGAGUUGGAAACAGCCAAAGCAGCCAGGAGUUUAGUGGUGGUGGACUCUGGUUGUGACUAGCUCGAGUCUAUUGAUUUCAGUAGGUCUACUCUUAAGUCAGUCUUAGCUAGAUACAGAAGAAAAAAAAAGACUUGGUCUCUGAAACUCACUCUUUUGAUGGAAAUAGACACUAAAUAUUAGAAAAAGAGCAAUAUGGGAAGGGGAUGCAGGCAUUCUUAAGGCAUGGGACAAAACAGCCUCUGAAGUCAAUUUCAACAGCAAUAAGGGAAAACUCUGAAGUUUGUUCAGGGGUGGUAUAUUCUCCCCUAAAAGCGGCUCAGAUUACCUGUGCAGAUACUGCCUCCUGCUGGAGGGUCUGUGAUCAAAGAGUGGAGUGUAUGUCAUCUGUGUGAGAGAAUAUGAAGAGUGCCUUGGUAUAGAAUGUGAAUGUGUAGAAUAUAUUGAGAUAACCAGUCAGACCUCUUAAAAAUCACCGAGCGGCUGAGCAGUCCAUUAAAUGCUUUGCCCCUCCGCUCCCUACCUGCUGUAGCAAUUAUAAUGCCCUGCACUGGAUGUGGUGUGAUUUUUAAUUGCAUUUUUAUGGCUUCUCUUCUUGCGUUGUACCGUAUUGGCCCAAAUAUAAGCCGCCCCUUUAAAAUUCAUGGCGGGGGGGGCGGAGAGACAAUACCUGAAUAUACGCCACUCCCUUAAAAUUCCGCAGGCACCCACACCCGUUACGUUUUACCGUAUGUCUGUUUCAGCAGUGAUAACGUAAGGCCAAUUUUUGCAAGGUCGUGAAUUUCAGCCGCGCUUUAAUUUUACAUUGUCGGAAUUUGGGAAAAAAUGAGGCUUAUACAGUGGUGCCUCGCAAGACGAAGUUAAUCCGUUCCACGAGAGUCUUCGUCUAGCGGUUUUUUCGUCUUGCGAAGCAAGCCCAUUGACGGAUUAGCGCUAUUAGCGCUAUUAGCGGUUUAGCGGCUAUUAAAGGCUUAAAGGCUUAGGGGAUUAGCUGCUAAAAGGCUAUUAAAGGCUAUUAAAGGCUUAGCAGAUUAGAUAAAGGGGGGGAAAAGCGAAAAAAAAAUCUCAAGACUCUCAAGAUAUUUUCGUCUUGCGAAGCAAGCCCAUAGGGGAUUUCGUCCUGCGAAGCAACUUCAAAACGGAAAACCCUUUCGUCUAGCGGUUUUUCCGUCUUGCGAGGCAUUCGUCUUGCGGGGCACCACUGUAUUCAGGCCAAUACGGUAAUUUAUUGCAAGGAAUAAAAGAAGCAAUGAUAAUACAAUGGAAGAGAGCGUGUUGAAUGCAAUGGCUGAGCUGUCUCCCCGUCCUCAACCACAAAUCCACAGGCCCUUGGGCUCUUAUUUGUGUGUUCUUAAAUUGUCCCCUUGGGAGCCUCGGCCUCCUCUCGCCUCUGCUUGUCCUCAGUGAUCCCUUGGCUUCCUCUGCAGGUACCCAAUGGCACUGGGGAAUUUGGCAGAUCUUGAGGAGCUGGAGCCCACCCCUGGCCGCCCAGACCCCCUCUUCAUUUACCAUCAGGUAUUUCCCCCCCUUGCCCCUAAGGGUGCUGGUAGGCUGGGCUUGGCAGUACUGUGGCCAAGAAGGGGAUACAAACCCUAGUCUGACCACUACACCACAUUGCCUGAAGCAAAGCUGUUGAAGGUGGGGCAUGACCUAGAUCUGUGGGGGGUGUGUGUGUGAAAUGGGGGGUAGUCCCGUUCCCCUGUCCCCGAGAUGAACCAUGAUCUCCAGAUUGCCAACUUCCUUUCUUUUCUUUUUAUUAAAAAGUAAGUUUCUAGCUUUCGUGGAACCUGAGGUAUGAAGCAAAACGUACAAGCAGUAUUAUUGUAAUUUAGAAAAUAAUAAUGAAAAACUGCCCUGGUUCUCUUUGCAGUGUUUUAACUCCCUCAUCCCACCGGGGGGGGGGGGAAUCCAUGGGAUUUUGGCCCUUCAAAGCGGGGUCCAGGGAGUAAAGCAGGGUUGGGGAGAUCUGUGACAUUGCAGUUGCUGCUGGACUCCAACUGCCACCUUCUCUGCCCAUGGGCCAGGCUGGCUGGAGCUGAUGAGCAGGAUCUUAAGUGAAGGGAGCCUUCUUCUUUUGAGUUGAUGAUGCAGAAGGCAUUGGAACAGCCUCAAGGGGAGGCUCUCCAGACCACCUAUGAUCAGUGAGGGGGUGCGCACUUGCACCUGCUGCCAUGUUGUGGAAUGCAGCUGUUCCCGGGUUUGCUGUCCUCAUAUUGUACACAGUUGCUUCCUAGAGCCUCUAGGAAUGGUCAUUGGGGCUGCCUGUUGACAAGCCCCGAAUAAGCUUCCUAUCUGCUACCUGAGGUGACUUGAUCCCUUUCUUCUAAAUAUUGGGAAGACCGCGUCCUUCCCUACAGGCCCUCUUAGGUGCUAAGAUCAGCAGAAGGCUGAUCUUUGAGCAGGGGAUUCUUCUGCAUUGCAGGGAGUUGGACUAGACGACCCUGUCAGCCCCUUCUGACCCUACAGUUCUGUGAUUCUGUGGAUCUGCCUUUCUUGUUCUUCCAUCCUCAGACAUUUGGGGUGUUGUGGCCUGGGAGGGAACCUUCUCUGGGGCAGCUCCUUAGCUGUGGAACUCCCUCUUCAAAGAGGUGCAUCCGGCACCUUCACUGCACAGCUUUUGACAGAUGCCAAAGACCCUAGCCGGUGACACCUAAGAUGUAUAUUUUUAGAACCACUACACCAGGGGUCAGCAAACUUUUUCAGCAGGGGGCCGGUCCACUGUCCCUCAGACCUUGUGGGGGGCCGGACUAUAUUUUGAAAAAGCAACAAGAACGAAUUCCUAUGCCCCACAAAUAACCCAGAGAUGCAUUUUUAAUAAAACCACACAUUCUACUCAUGUAAAAACAUGCUGAUUCCCUGACCAUCUGUGGGCUGGAUUUAGAAGGCGAUUGGGCCAGAUCCGGCCCCUGGGCCUUAGUUUGCCUACCCAUGCCCUACAUCUUAUUUCUGUGAUUGGAAGUUGUUUUUAACUGCUAUUAUUGUUAUGUUUUAAGUGUUGUAAGCCACUUCCAUGAGACCUUAGGGGGAAGGGUGUGUGCCAAUAAAGAUGAUGAUGAUGAUGGUGAUGGUGAUAAUUUUUACAAUGUUUGUAAGCUGUUCUGGAUACAGCAUGAUGUGUCUAGAGCUGGGCAAUAUAUCAGUAUAUCAUCCAAAACUGGUUUGAAGUCCAUGUCGUGAUACUUGCUCCAUAAUUUAUGACCUGGCAAUAUAUCACAAAUCGUGUGUGUGGGUGCUAUGCAAAAAUCACAAUGCGUGUAAAACUGUGAAGCUGGCCAAUGCCUCUGCAUAGCUCCAUCUUUAUUUCAGACAUUGUGAUAUAUCAAUAUAUUGUGAUAUUUGAUAUAUCACAAUGUUGAAAAGCAGGUAUCGCCCAGCCCUAGAUGUUUCCCCAAAACACCUGAGCCUGGGUGUCUUCAUGGAUCAGCUCCUGCUGUCCCUGAACCCCCCCUUAUCUCCCACCCCCUUUUCCUCUAGGGAAUCAACUCAGCCAAGCAGUACUACCACAACGAGCACAUCUACCCCUACAUGUACCUGGCCGGCUAUCACUGCCGCAACAAAAAUGUCAAGGAAGCACUGGAAGCCUGGGCUGAUUCAGCCACCGUGAUCCAAGAGUGAGUAUCUUCCUAUCCUAUUCAUUUUGCCUUUACCACGGAAGGAAGUGGAGCUUGGUGGCAGGACCCCUGCUUUGAAUGCAGAAGGUCCCAGGUUCCGUCCCCGGCAUCUCCCAGAAGGGCCGGCACAUAUUUAUACCUAAAACCCCGGAGAGCAGCUGCUGGUCAUUGUGGCGUUUACCACAGCCUGGUGGUUGCAUCCAUGCAUUUGAAGUGCUGGUUUCAUUUGGCCUCCAGUCAAGGGUAAAAUAAAAUUGCAUUCUUUUCUCAGUUCCUUUUAUUUGGGGAGGGGGCAACUACUGAUGUUUGUCUAGUUCUCCUGAAAAAAACCUUUUCCAGAGUUUGUCACAGAGAACAAGAUUGCUCUGUGGGCAGCGGCUAAGAGCUCCCCAAGAGGCUUAUUCCAAGGUGGAGAUGCAGUGAUGGGGAAAAUUUUGCCUGUGGUUAAAUGCCUCUUGUUGGGCUGUCUAAGGCUCUAGAUAUCUCUACAUAAGACCCACGUCUGCUGUUAUCUGAUGGUGGCAUUGCACCCUUCUCUUCUCCCCCUCUCAGUUAUAACUACUGUCGAGAAGAUGAAGAGAUCUACAAGGAAUUUUUUGAUGUGGCCAAUGACGUGAUUCCCAACUUGCUAAAAGAGGUGGCCAGCCUAGCUGACUCAGCUGAGGAGAAGGGGGCUGGCGAGAGGGGAGAGGUAAGGCGGGUGAGCAGACAGGCGACGUAAAGGAUGGAUGUUGUGCCUUGCUGGCAUUCGUCAGCCGGGGAGGAAAUUCUGCUUUUGCUAUUUAUUUCUCACUGCCACGUGCCGGGUGUUAGGAAAAGUAUCAUUAGGUGGAAUGAAAGUAGUCGGAUGGAGUGGGGUGGGAAUUCUAGGAGGUGCAGCAAAAUUUGGGCUGGGACUUUGCCAGAAGCAAAGGAGGCAGAACAAAGGCACAGGAAACAGUGUGAAAUUGUACAAGAAGGGAAGGUGGAAAACACACGACUUUGUGCAAAGCAGAGGGGAUGUUAAUGAUAAGUGUCGUUUUGCACUGAGGACUAGAAGCUUGGAGAGAAACCAUGAAGGCCUGAAAAGGGGUUAUUGGCAUCCAGCCAAGGCAAAAAUAGAGGGGUUAUCGUCUUAAAAGGUGACAGAGAGAGGUGAGUGGAGCAGAAAAGCAUUAUUAAUCGUUUAGUGAAAUGGCAAGAGGGUGUAUGAAGUAGAUGGGUGGGGUGGGGAGUUUCUAAAGGGAGGCUGACUGGAGUAUGGCUAAGAGAUUUGGCAAGGGGAUCACAGGAAGGGGUAGGGUUUUUUGUUUUUUUUAGAAGCUUUAGAGAGAGAGAGUUGAGUUGGGAGAGAGGCACUUGUGAAUUGGAUCAGGGAAAGGAAUGCCCUUGGCAGACUUCGUUGGCAGAGGCCCAGUUGGUGCCAGGGUGGCAUCUCUUCACCGAACAACCUGACCUGUCUUGCCCAGGCUUCGCCAUCGCAAGGAGGAGGCGGCUCGGCCCUGCAGGACCCGGAGUGCUUUGCCCACCUCCUUCGUUUUUACGACGGCAUCUGCAAGUGGGAAGAGGGGAGCCCCACGCCCGUCCUCCACGUGGGAUGGGCCACAUUCCUGGUCCAGUCCCUCAGCCGUUUUGAUGGGAUGGUGAGUGCUUGUGGCAGAGCGGGUUGCAGGGGGUAAAGUUCAGAGCAUUUUAAGGUGGGGGGGAAUGGCCAGCAUCAAGCUAUGUUAAGGGGUGCAAUGACUUGGCAGGAUUUUGUGGGGCCUUGGUGGGCCUAGAUGGUGUCUAUGGGGGGGUGUUUAUUAGCUGGAAAAGAGGGAGCUCCAUUGUUACCAGGAUUCAGACAGAUUUGGGAGAGAAGGGUGGGUUAUGGGGGACGUAGCAAAAAAAGAAAAUCAGCAGUAUAGCAAGAAUAGAAAUGAAUUAAAAGAAUGGUAUAAAGAGGUGUGGGAUAUAGCUGUUAAUGAUAAUUAACAUAUGCCAUUAAGGUAAGGUAGGGAAUUUGCAGGAGAAAUAGUUUCGAGGAGAUAUGUAAGGUGAUUGUAGAAUUUGUACUGUUAAAACGGAAAGGGGUGAAACCAUCGCAAGAGGUGUUGAAAUUUUGGGAGGUUGGAUAGUUACAAUGGAAUAGUGUUGGUGGUGGGGUGCACAUUUUUAUUCUUAUUUAUAUAUGAUUAUACUUUGUAAAAAUUAUUAAUAAUAAUGAAAUUAAUUAAGAUGCAUGUUUAACAGGCACAAGGAGAGUGUUUAAGUGCCCAGCUGAGAUUCUAAAAACUCGCAGAGUAAUUGCAUGUGAAAUCAACAGAUAGGCAGGGCAUCAUAAGCAGCCUUCAGCUUCAUGCCCUGGGCGCCCUUGGCUUUCGGACUACUCCCCCCUCCCUCUCAGGUGCGGCAGAAGGUGACCCUGGCGAGUCGGGAGGUAGAAGCCAACGAGGAUGACGACCAAGGCAGCGAAGAUCCCCGGGAGGGGCGCCGCAGGGGUCCGCGCCGGGAGUCCAAGCCCGAGGAGCCCCCCUUGCCCAAGAAAGUGACUGAGCGCCGACGCCCCAGUUCCAGCCAGCGAGUGGACCGGCCUCCCCUGGAGAAGGAGGAGAGGCCCAGCAGUGGCCCCAGCCCCCCUCCCGAAGGGCCCGUCCUCACCUUCCAGAGCGAGAAGAUGAAGGGCAUGAAGGAGCUGCUGGUGGCAGCCAAGAUCAACUCGAGCGCCAUCAAGCUGCAGCUGACAGCUCAGUCCCAGGUGCAGCUGAAGAAGCAGAAAGCCUCGGCCCCCCGGGACUACACGCUCUCCUUCCUCAAGCGGCCCCGCAAGUCCCUCUGAGCCUGCCGGGGGCAGCAGAGCUCUGCCCUUUCCUUGAGCAAUAUCUUGGAGCUGCCUAGAGUCCACCCAGGGUCACGGCUCUUGUGCUUCCUUCAAGCAGCCAGGAGUAGCCGGGGGUGGGCAAGCAGGUCUGUCGAGAAUCUUCCCAGCUGUGCUGGAGAGCCAUGUUUUGCUCUCUAGACCCCCAGCUCCCCAAAGCCAGGAGAACUUGGCGUGCCCCCCUGCUUGAGUUGCAACGCAGGCAGGAUUCCUCCGGGUUGUGAUCGGAAGCGUUUUUGCUUUUGCUUGUAACCCUUCCCUGGGAACUGGGGUUUCAGACAUGAGUGCAAAUCCUGCCAGAGACAAGGGGCAGCUAGCAGUUUUCAUGGUGCCCAGGAAGUUGUGGGUUGAGCACAAAUCAAUGCGUAUGAAAUAGCGGUAGGCAGAGGGGACUCACUGCCUCUGCCGCUGUCAUUUGUACUAAUUUACAGGAUGUUGUUUUUUUUUCCUAAAAGGACAUUUUAAUAAAUCUCGUUGUUGGGUUUUUUUAAAAUAAAUAAAAAAUCUCUUGUAGCAAUUCUUGUUUCCAGUGUAAAUGCUGGUAUGUUACGUCUUUGGGGACAGGUGAGAAGAUGGAAAUACAAUCUAGAGACAACCUGUUCAUUGGACUACAUCUCUCAUCAGACCUGAGCGACAGGUUAGGGCUGAAGGGAGCUGUAGCCCACUGGAUCCGGCCAAUAAGCCCAUCUAGUCCAGCAUCAUGUUCUCACAGUGGAAAACGAGCACAAGAGCACUCUCGCCUCCUGUGGUUUCUGGGCAGCUGGCAUUCAGCAGCAUAAUAUAACCAUCAUGGCUGGUAGCCAUUCUACUAUUUUUCUGCUGCUGACUAAUGCAAAGAAAACUGGUAUGACCUGAAGGGCAGGCAGAUGUUUCUGUGAGUUCCUGUAUGACCAAUCCAUCCUGAGGACACCAUCACCAUCCGAGAUGUCGCUAUAACAUCUGGUCUAUGCCUCCCUUGGUAAGGUUUCCUCCACCUACCGAAAAUUUACGCCAACAGCCGCAUGCCUUCCCAUGUCAACAGAAUAUUUCUGAAACCACAAUGAGCACAACAUUCUCAUUUCCCCCUUGGGUGAUUUCACUUUAUUAAGUGUUAAUAAACAAAACAAGGAGAUGGGGCAGAGAGAAAGGGACAGGGAGUUUUUGUGGGGAGGGGGAAGAAUACAAAAAGGAGUGGAGUAGAGUUUCAGCCCCUCACUCUUUGGCCCCCCGCAUAAGAGACGUAAAGCCUCAAAUGCCUCUUCUAGUGAAUAGACGACCCAAUUAUUGGUGUCUCUGGUAGCAUCUUCGAGUCCUGAUCCCCAACAAACAUCCAGGAAAGUUGGUGGGAUCCUGGGAGGAGCCCAUUCCAUCCCCCAGAUUCUCAUGGAAGCUACAUGUGGAAAGGGGUAGAGGGAGACACAGCAUUCACGCCUGGCUGUGACUGCACACUUGAGACUGAAGAUUUGCAUCUGAACAGCUCCAAAAAGGGCCUGGUGAGCACAGGUGGAAAGGGGGCGUAUUAAUGGUAGCAGAAAAGGGGAGGUACAAGGGGCAGCAGCCAAAAGUAGAACUUGAAAAAAACUGGAUGCUUGUAGAAAGCUGCUUGGUCACAGGACAGCCUCAGCGGAACUGCAGGGAGCUGAUUCUUAAGCCAAUGACAUCCUUCCCGAUCUCCGUUACCUGCAGAGCCAAACAAAGACAUAGUUAGCACCUCCUAGACUUGGAACCAUGGGGUCCUUUUAAUAUGGCAAGAGCCCCUUGUCUUGCUCCAGGGAGAGCCUCAUUCUGAACCUCAGAAAGCAGGGAAAUUUCUCGCUCCUCUAAGCACUUCCAGACCACGGAUGUGACACACUGUGUGUGUCUCUGAAACUCAAGUGUUGGGUUCAAAACAAGGUUUUGCCAGGCUCAGGGUAGCCAGCCUGAUGAUAUAGCCGUCCAAAGAUGCUAAACCUUUUGAUAACCACAUCAUCCGGGUGGCUACCAAGGAGAGGCAUGAUCUACACAGAGCCCUGCAAAAUAGAGGAGGGUGGGCAGUUCUUCCCCCCCUGCAGCAAAACCUGGCAAGUGCUGGGAUGCAGGAGCUCAUGACAAUUGGAAGGAUGUGACGUGAGCCAAUCCAGAGCAGUGGGAAAAUCAAGGCAUCUCCGCAUUCAGGGGCAACAGGCUGCCAGCACUUCCUCUCUGAAACUCUCCCUGCAGAGCCAUUGGCCCUCUAGACAUCGUUGGGACUCCCAACUCCCACCAGCCAUGGCCUGUGGGCAGGAAUGAUGCGAAUUGUAAUCUCAACAACCAUCUGGAGGGUCACAGGUUAGCCUAGAGAAAUUCUCCCUUCCAGCAGUAACUCGUAGCCAGCAGGCCUCUCGAUGCUGUGAGAAGGGGAAGAUUAAUGCUCCCACCCCAACAGGAGGAAGCUGAGGCCUAAUUUAUCUAUACAUGCAGCAAAAUGAGAUGGUACAGUCCUGCAGAGGUAGAAUGGACUGCGCCAUGUCAGACUGCAGAUGGAGGGUGCUAUUAUUAACUAUCCUUGCAAACAGAAGGGAGCUACUUGGGUUACUAAUCUACAUAAUAAAAGAAGUAGUAGUAGUAGUGUGGGUUUUUUUAAGCAUAGAGUAAUAAGAGAAGGUACACUCCCAGAUUCAAAAGUGGUGCACCCUACUAGUUACAACAACUAGUUACUACUACUACUAGUAACUACUACAAAUAGUAGUAACUGGUACUAGUAGGCUAGUAGUAACUAGUAGUAAUUACUACCACCCUACUAGUUACAGCAUGUAUAGAGUGAUGCUUCAGCCAGUUUCUGUCAAAACACAGCAUCUGGCAGCAGCAGCAUGUGGACACCCUUGAUGCCCUAUACUUGCCAUGGAGACCACGAGAAAGGCUGCCAAGAGGUAACCAAAAGAGGCUGAAAAGUCUCCAAGGAGAGAGUUACUGCCAGUAAUGGAAGGAAAGAGGUGGCACUUACGGUUGUGACUCUGCAAAUCUGGCCAUGAAACUCAGGACAGUAGCAAGCUCCGCUCAGUGGACACUUUUCCACCGGCUUGCCCCGAUAGAUGGGCCGGUAGGAGGCGGCGCAGAUGUCAAAAGGGUUGUGCAUGUCGUAGUUGAGCUGGUAGGCGUCGCUGGGGUUCUUCUCGCACGCGGUUAGGAUCUUGCGUGUCUGCAGUGGUGGUGGAGAGAGGAAAGCUAAGCAGCUGUUAAGGAGAAACAGGGUAGACGGCCUGGGAGUCUGAAUGUUCUGUCUCAACACUUUAGAAUGAGCUGGGGAAAGACUGCACUGCAAAGAUUCCCCUGGAGUGUAAAGAAUCGAAAAAGGGACUUUACAUAAUUGUACGGAGGCAGAGGAGGGGAACCUCCAGCUCACGGGCCAGUCUUGGUCGGCGGGGCGAUUUGGCAUGCGGGGGUUCAAUCCUGGCUGCUUCAGGAGACCCCUUCAGGCAGCAGGAGUGCAUGCCCUGCUCACCAGCUGGGCAAGUGGAGAGUGCAAUCCUGCUGGGUGCUGCACAUGCCAGGACAUGCCCUUCACAAUGGUGAAGCAGACCUCUGCAGCUAACAGGAUUGACCCAGUCAGCUUACCAACUACUGGGAGACAAGUUAAAUUCUGCUGGGUGCUGCCUUGGAAGCGCAUUGCAUGGAACGCCAUGGCAAAGCAGACCUCUCUCCCCACAAGUCAACUUCGAGAGGUGGGCAGUCACCUGAAACUAUCACGCCAUCAGGUGACUGACCCCCCCCCCCCAAUCCAUCAAAGUUGGCCUGUGUCACAGUGGCACUACUCCUGCGCCAAGGGAUCAUUCUGCAGAUAUUUUAUAUCUUGUGCCGGAACCGCAACGUUGGUUUAUUACACUUCAAAACACCCUCUGCCCUUUGUGCUUAGAGCCCUUGAAGGCGAUGAAGAUGAUGGCUUUGAGCAGCUCCUCUGGGAAUUUACCUGCUGAGCCACUUCCGGUUUGGGCCCCAGUUCCAGGAGGCGGCGAGCGAAGGUGGCAGCCGUCUUGAAGUUCUUGAGCUUGAAGAAGAGGUUGAGCGCUGUGCGAAGGACCAGGAUCAUGUGGACGGGCUGCAGGUUGGAGUGGGUGAAGUAGGCAGCCAUCUGUUGGGAAGAAGGAUGCAGUUCCAAAAAGGAGUUUGCUUUGGUUGGGGCACCACUCAGUUGUGCAGGAGACGGGCCUGCAGCUCAGUGAUAGGGCAGCUGUUUUGCAUGCGGCAUGGAUGUUGCACCGUCGGCUAAAAGGUUUCAGGUACCAGGGUAAGUGAAUGACCUCUGUCUGAGGUCUUGGAGGGCUGCUCCUACUCAGGGUAAUAGGCAAGAUGGACUCAAGAGACAAUGGCACCACUAAGGUCAGGCUUUGGGGCAGAUGAUGGGGGUCCUCGGAUCCACUGUGAUACGGGUUUUUCCACAAAUGCAGCUGCUUUCUGAACUUGCCAUCAGAAAUGGCUAACCCAUUUUGGCCAAGGCCUGACCAACUCUCCGGGGACUGCAGGGCAGUGGUGGGUGUGGCCAACCCUAUGGCCCCCACCCUCCUCAACUGAUCCAUGUAGGUCAGCUAGGAAGGAUGUCACUCAGAUGAUCAGAAGAUGGUGAUUUGCAUCCCCACCAGAGCUCUUAGCCCCUCCCAUUCCAACACUGCCCUCUACUCUGUUUUUGUGUGUGUUUUGUUUUGCUGCCAUCACCGCCAAAAUUAGUAGGGUCUUGAGCCAGUUGCUUAAGGGUCAGAUCAGGCUCCUGAACUGGGGUUUGACCACCCCUGAUAGAGUUAAUGGUGUUCAUUUGAUCUCUUAGCCAAUUAUUGGUGCUCUUGUCCACAGAGAGUUGCAUAAGUGUUGCCUUCUGGCAGACUGUAACAGCUAGGAUGCUUUUGGUAACCCAAUGUUUGCACCCUUGGCAUGAGGUCAUGGAGAGAGAGAGGGGUUGCCCUACCUCACAAAUGCGCUUCUGCUCUUCCAGGGUCUCCUUGGGCAGCUUCUUCCUCUCGAUCUCCAUGGACAGCCCCACAAUGUACUCCCGGCAGAUGGCGAUCAGCUGCUGGGCCUGUCAGAACAAAAGAACGAACGAGCCAGGGCACGUUAGCUACAAACAGCGGCUUGAAAAUUUGUUUUGUAAAGCUUGAAAUAAAAACAGGAGAUUUGGAGGAGGGGCGUGUAGGGAGAGAGCAGAUUUCAUGCUGCUGGGGUGGGCCAUUCAGCCUACCCUAUACCCCUGAACAGAAGAGAAUGAGUGGAUGGCUGGUGCAGCAACAUUGACAACACACUUGAUCUGCACAACGGAUUAAAGCGUUUGAACUGAGUUUGUCCCAGUGCAGAAUCAGGGUGGUGUUCUUUUAGUACAGUAAGGUAAAAAGGUAAAGGCACCCAGGACGGUUAAGUACAGUCAAAGGCGACCAUAGGGUUGCGGUGCUCAUCUUGCUUUCAGGCCAAGGGAGCCGGUGUUUGUUCACAGACAGCUUUCCAGGUCAUGUGGCCAGCAUGACUAAACUGCUUCUGGCGCAAUGGGACACCGUGACAAGCGCCAGAGCCCAUGGAAAUGCCAUUUACCUUGCUGCCACAGUGGUACUUAUUUAUCUAUUUGUGCUGGUAUGCUUUCAAACUGCUAGGCUGGCAGAAGCUGGGACAUAGCAACGGGAGCUCACUCCGUUGUGGGGAUUCGAACCACCAAGUGAUUUAGACCACAGCGCCGCAACACUUCUGGGAAACAUGCAUGAAGGCUUCUCUUUAUCUGAACAGAGAGCAAGUGGGCUGAGUCUGCUUUGGAUGAUGCGAAUGAAUCGACAGCUCACCUCCGCGAUCUCCUGCUUGUUGUCCACCACCAGCAGCGGCACGCUCAAGAGGAUGGAGCGGAACUUCUCCACGGCCUCCUCAAACUUGCCAGCUGUGGUGAGCUGGUAGCACAGCUGCAGCCGCUGAAUCAAGUCGUUCAGCUUCAGUCCCACAGCCGGGAGGGCGUUUUUCAGGCCCGCGUCCUUCCUAGAAAAUGAGGAGGCAGUAUGAGGACUUGCCUACGACAGAUGCUUGAACCGCAACAUUUUGUUAGCCGAUUCCAGAGCAAAAGGGGUAAAAAUGAGGUGUGGGGUAAAACUGGUCAAGGAAGGGGGAGGCAGGGAUGUUCAAGGACUUGCUUAUUAUUGGAUGGACACCAAGAAAGCUUGACUGAGUAAAUCUGUCGAAAUUAAUGGGCCUAAGUUAAUGGCCACUAAUGUUGAUGAGUCUGAGUAUGACAAACAGUGUAUAUGACGCUAUGCAGCAUUUCACAAGAUCCCUCUGUUUGAGGUUAAGCAUCAGCCCACAGCCCUGCUCCUGAAUUCAUGCAUGCAGAAGGCAGCCAGGGGUAGGCCAUGGCAAAGCCUGUUUCCUGCUCGCAACCUAGAGAGCUCAUGGCGAGCACCUGGGUCCCACAACCAAGUGCAGCCGCCAGUCGCGGCAGGAAGAACAAGGGUGCUCACACCUACCAGUUGCGAUGGGGGUAUCCAUACAUGGCGGGGAGGCUGGGAAGAGCCUGGUACGUGGUGCGCUCCCGGGCGUAGGUCUGCAGGAACAGCUGUUUGUAGGGGGCAAAUGUGACCACUCCCACCUGGUCAUGGAGAAGCUGCAGUGGAAAGGGGAGGGGGAGAGGUGGUGUUACCGGGGGGGGGGGGCUCCCAGAUGCUUCCCAACAAAGUUCUGCUGCACAGACUCUCCCCUUCUCUCAUUCUUCUCCUCUGCUCUAAAAUUAUCACUUGGCUUGCCGUAUCUAGGCUAAGUGGCUGCAAUACAUUAUACUUGGGACUGCCUUUGAAGACUGCUUAGAAAUCGCAAAUGCUGCCGAAUUUGCCCAUUGGGGCAAGAGCAGGCAUUCCCAAACUCGGCCCUCCAUAUGUUUUGGGACUACAAGUCCCAUCAUCUCUAGCUAACAGGACCAGUGGUCAGGGAUGAUGGGAACUGUAGUCCCAAAACAUCUGGAGGGCCGAGUUUGCCUAUGCGUGGGCAAGAUGGUCUGAGAACCUAACAUCAAUCCUGGCCCAACUGCGUUAGCUGCCAGUUAAGUUUCCAGGCCAGAUUCAAAGCACUGUUUGUGACCUAUAAAGCCUUUUGUGGAGCAGGACCUCAAUACCUCAAGGUCUGCCUUUCCUCAUAUGAACCAACUUGGAGCCUGCAUUCAUCAUCUGAGGCCGUUCUCUGUGUGCCCUCUCCAUUGGAGGUCCAGAGGGUAGCAGCAUGAGAACUGGCCUUUUCGGUGGUGGCUCCUCAGUUGUGGAAUGUUCUCCCUGGGCAGACUCACCUGGCACCAUCACAACUUUUCUAUAGGCACAAGGCAAAAGCAUUUCUGUUCUGCCAGGCCUUUGGCUUUUAAUUAUCUGUGGCCUCUUUCACUGGGUUUAAUCCUGCCUUUUAAAAAUAUGAAUGUGUUUCAGAUUUUUCUUGGUUUUAUUCUGGUUUUAAUGUAAAUAUAAUUCUUGUAAGUCACUUUGAGUUACUUUAGUAAAAUAAAAAAGCAACUAGUAAGUUAAAUAAAUAAAAAUAACAACAUCCUUUAAAGGUCACAUUGUGCAGGCAUCCAAACCAACCAUUUCCGCAGAGAACUGUGCUCACGUUCAGGCAGGCAAGAAGUCCCAACCCCCUGAAAGGAAGCAAGGCUCACUGGGGACAAAGCUUUUGUGACAAAGACAAAACCCCACUUGUGACAUGCACCCCAAAGUUCAACACACUGUAUGAAAAAGGAAAAAGGCCAGUGCAGAGACAUUGUCCCCAGGCAACUCACCCUCAUAGCUGUCUCAAAAGAGCCAGCAAGGAUAUGAUCAACUGGAAGCUGGGAAUUGUUGCACCAGACCUAAGCAGGGAGAAAAGAAAGGGAUCUGAUUAGAACCACAGAAAUCAGAGGACUUGCGGAGGUGAACUUAUCCCAUUGGCCCUCCACCGCAGUGAGACAGGAACCAGCCCAAGGGUGCUGAAGGAUCUGCCUGGUUUUAUUUGGUUUUUUGAAAGCUCUGCAAGUCUGGCCAGAUUUUUCAAUUCGGCCUACAGAAAUUAGCUCCUGUUGCUUUUUUUCGUCUUUUACACUUUCAAAACGAGCAUGUCUUGCAGCGGCUUGAGGACCAGUGCAUUGAUUCGCCUUUGAGACUUCUCGGAUGCUUUCGCUGCAGCAGACUCCUCACCCGGCAGACCCUUCUGGAUUAUUUUUUUAAUGGGAGUUUCAGUUGCGUGCUUGUCAUCGCAGCCAGCUGCCUGGGAGCAGCACUUGCAUUUGGGGGGAAAUGCAGGAAAGCGUCAAGUCUCUGCCUACUCCCAACCACCUCCCUUUUCUCUGCUACUUGUAGGGCUCGGCACUGUCUGCUGCCCGGUCUCAGAGUCUUGUGCCUCAGCACAGACUCCCUCCUACCUGGGCAGGGCUGGUGCCUUUGGUGGGCGGCACGAAGAAGCCGUCUUCUGCCUCUCCAGCAGGACCACCAGGAACAUCCUAGCAGAAACGCGGGUGGGGGGAGAGAGAAGGAGGGGCAGUUAUGGUGUGUUCAGACAUGGAAGUUUUCCUGGUUACAAUGCCAUAAUAAUAAUAAUAAUAAUAAUAAUAAUAAUAAUAAUAAUAAUAUAUUAGUUAUACCCCAGCCACUCUGGGCGGCUUCCAACAAAACACUAAAAUACAAUAACUAGUGCUUCCUUCCCAUUUUCCUUUCCUACUAUGGCACCUGCCGCAACGUGAACACCUCAUUCACUCACACCAGUGGUGAAACACAACAACAAAUGUCUAAUCACAGAAGAGCUGGAAGGGACCACAAGGGUCAUCUCUUCCAACUCUUGGCAAUGUAGGAAUGUUUUGGCCCAAUACGGGGCUCAAACACACGACCCCGAGAUUAAAAUCUGCAUGUUUUUACUGACUGCGCUAUCCCACUACUCCCCAUCUUCCGCACACAUGCGUUUCUGUUCCCCAUUUUCUAGUGCAUGAAGAUAUCUGAGGUAGACUGCACCCGGACAUGGAGGUUUCACAGAGCUCAUGUGGUAGUCAAUGACAAAAUGUUCUCCACGAUGGAACCAGAGCUCAGAAAUGGGGCGGCUCAUGCUUUGAAUGCAUGAGGUCCCCGAUUCCAUCUCUGGAGCCUCCAGGUAAAGGGGAACUGGGACAGCAGCAGGCAAAGGGAAAAGGCCCCUCAAGGUCUAGGAUCCUAGAGAGUGGCUGCCGGGAAGAAAAUGGUCCAGACUCAAUGGACCAAGAGUGAGACGGACUUAAGGGGAGAUGUGUAAGCAUUUGCUUUUAGUCUCCCCUCUAGUCCUGCUGCAAUACACCCCACCAGUUGAAAUGAAUGAAACCCACACUUACCAGUUCAGGGGGAAGAUCCAGGUCCUCUUCGAUUUCCCAGCCACCUCCUUCCUCUUGGCUUUUAGCCAGGGCUUCGUCUCCAAAACCUUCCCCAGCAUCCACAAAGCCAUCUGUAAGGGGACAGAGUGCGGAUUGGGGGAGUUUAAGAAGGGCCGACAUGCACCCCAUACAGGAAGUGGUUGGGUUGCUUCAUUGGUAAGUGGUGGCAAGGAAACACCUUUAUUAAGUCAUGCAGAGCAGGAAAGCUUCAGAGAGUAAGAGACUGGGGUGGAAUCUACACACAUUAAAAACGUUGUGAAAAUGUGUUUGUUUUUUAAACCUUUUGAAAAACACAUUGAAUUUGCUGUAGCUCAUGGUCGCCAUUUAGUGUGCCAAUUGUAUAUUACAUGUUACAACGCAUUCAAAACGUUUUAUUUGCAGCUGUAUAGCUGAGUCCCGGGAGUGGGAAGGAAAGCUCCCUGGAGAGAGCUGGGUCUGUCAUUUUCUGUGGGUGGCCAGGAUUAAGAGCUACCUUUGGAUAUAGAGAAGACUCAGGAUUUGUGCACUGCUUUCGUACUUUAAACACCCUGCUGCUGAUUUUCUCCUCUCUUAUUUUUGAUGCUGCUGCUGUUACGAGAAUUUUAUAAUGCAGUGCUUAGUAUUACAAUCAAAUUCAUACAUUUGUUUCAAUUUUUAUGUUGUACAGAUAUUACGCAGUGACAUCUGCAUUGCAUGUUGCAAACUGCCCUGUGGCCUUCUGAUGCAGGAUGGUAUACGACCUUAAACCAGCAAGCGGCCAAGAAAACCUGGCCUUCAUGGGAUUUCACCGCUGAGCUCUCACCUUCAUCCAGCUGCAGCUCAGCAUCUUCUCCCCAGCCUUCGGUGCCUACUGUGUCUAUAUCAAUGUCAGCAGCCAACGCGCCUCCUUUGCCUGAAGAGAAGAACAAGAUCACCGAUUUGUCUUGUGGUGGGAUUCUGCAGCCUCAAGAAACAGGCACGGCUUGAGGUACAAUGGCCCUGUUCAACAGCAGCUAUUUCUGGCCUCCACAGAGGACAGCAGCAGCCACCGACAAGAGCAGCCUCAAUACCUGGGAGCCCCUGCCACUCCCCACCUCCCCUGCAAAAUCUGAGAAGGGGAAGCCUGCCAGUAACAAUGUCCAGGCCUCCUUACCUUUGCUGGCAAUUGUGCCUUCAAAAAAGCCCUUGGAGACAGUGAGCAGAGGCCAGUUGGUGUCCAGGGGCAUGAUGGGAGCAAGCGGCUGGAGCAAUUGUGCAUGGGGGUCUAUCUCUGGGAUCUGGAAGAAGAAGAGGAAACAAAGAACUUUCAACCCUCCAUGUAAAUUUGCAGACUCUCCACAGGGACACGUGUGGCGCUGUGGGUAAAACCUCAGUGCCUAGGACUUGCCAAUCGUAUGGUCGGCGGUUCGAAUCCCCGCGGCGGGGUGAGCUCCCGUCAUUCGGUCCCAGCUUUGCCCACCUAGCAGUUCGAAAGCACUUCGAAAGUGCAAGUAGAUAAAUAGGUACCACUUUAUAGCGGGAAGGUAAACAGCGUUUCCGUGUGCUGCGCUGGUGCUGGCUUGCCAGCUGCAGCUUCAUCACGCUGGCCACGUGACCCGGAAGUGUCCUCGGAUGGCGCGGCUCACGGCCUCUAGAGCGAGAUGAGCACGCAACCCUAGAGUCGGACACGACUGGCCCGUACGGGCAGGGGUACCUUUACCUUUACCACAGGGACAAGGAAGGGGUUGACUGGGAAUUAGGCAGGGAGCUACACAGCCAUUUCAGCCCAGGGGAAGUUUGGGAGAAAGCUUCAAACUGUAAGCAGGUGGGUGAUAAUGCUUAUUCUGAGAUGCAGAGCCAGGGGUUCGUGAUGCAACCUAAGAGACUUGGGUCAAUAGGUCUGGUAAACUACAGACUUGUAAGCUCCCACUCAUGCCCCCAGACUGAAAUUCUUCCACCAGUGUUAGGCAAAGGGAAAACGGCAUGCCAAGCAAAUCCAGCCUGCCCAUAGUCCUGCACUAACCGUUUCCUUUUCCAGGUCAAAGGUCUCUUUCAGGCUCUCUGCUUCCUCAUCUAAGCCGUGGGUUGCAGCCGUCAGAUAGGCCAGGGACUCUGACAGAGACAAGCAAGCAAGAGAAAGGUCAGGAUGGUGGGAAACUCUCCAGGGUAGUCUGGUCAUGCAAAUGGAAAGAAGCUCCAUAGCUGCUACCCUGUUCAGCCUGGAAAGGGUGGGAUUUGGCAGGAGGCAGAGGGAGGGAAGGGGACAGAUAAAAAAAAGCCCUUCUUUGCACAGCUCUUAGUUGAACGAUGGAACUCUCUCCUGUGGCUGGUCACCAACGUGGGUGGCUUUAAAAGAGGACUGGACAAAUUCAUCGAGAGAAGGCUACCAGUGGCUACUACCCAUGAUGGCCAUGCCCCGUCUCCAAAGUUGGGAGGCAGCAAUGCUUCGGAAUACCAACUGCUGGAAGCCACAGAAGGGGAGAGGGCUCUUGGGCUCAGGUUCUGUUUGCAAGUUUCCCAUAAGGGGGCACCUGGUUAUCCACUCUGAGAACAGGAUGCUGGACCAGGUGGGCCACUGGCCUGAUCCAGCAGGCUCCUCUUGUGCUCUUGUUAAUAGAAACUGAGCUCGUUUUUCUAGGAAUCCCAAAGCUCACAUUGCCAGCUUACUCACUCUGUCCACAGUUCUUCAGGAUCCUCACCCUCUCAGCCACGUCCCCAAGGUACAAAGCAUUCUGGUAGUGGCCGCUCAUGUCCUUCCGGAUUUCGGCUGCAACAAAGAACAAGGGAAGAGGAAAAUGGGUCACCUCCACACCCAACUCUCACUCAGGAGUUUCAAGCAUUAGCUCACUGCAGAAUUCCUGGCUGCUGCUGCUACAAAUCUCCCCUCUCCCAACCUGAAGCGGAUUCAUGAGUUGCAAAAGGGCAGCCACCUCCCAUUACUACGCAUUUCGUCCUGCUUCUUCCCCCUGCAUCAAGGCUGGUGGUCAGUAGUCACCCUACAAAGAACCUUUCACGUCUAGGAUUCCACAUGGCUUGCCUUACACUGGGAUGGGAUGACUGUGUCUUGUUCUGAGGUUAACACCAUUUCCCAGUCCUUGACUGUUAGGAGUAAGUUUGUCAAUAGUCACAACAUUUUGAGAGGGCCAAAUGACAGCAACUGUGAUCAUGCUGCGAGAGAGGCAGGCAGCUGCAUUCCCACACAAUAUGUCAGAACUCUCUGCUUAUUCUGGGUUCGUUGUGAAUGAGUAGCUUGCUAGUACACAGAGCCCCUUCGCUCUUCCCUUUGGAGAAAAGCAGAGAAAAACAAAGCAGGAAGGGAUGGCUUAUGUCCGCACCCAAAAUCCUGGUGUGUUGCUCCCAUAUAAACCAGGAGCAUAUGCCAGCAACAAAACAGGAUCCUGGGUUCAGAUGUCCCAUCAAGCUAUCCCUUCCUAGUCAAUUCUGUGCCCUUGGGUGAAAGAAGGAGUGGAACAGGACAUGUGCUGCUGGCUCACAGUAAACUGAGACAGGCAGGAAUCCAGUUUUAUCAUCAUCUGCAAAGGUGGCCAGUCUGUUGCAUGCAAUUCUAUUUUUUUGUAAUACAUUCCUGAAUCAUCUAAAGUUUCUGGCUCCGUAUGGGCUGGAAGAGCCAUUCAUUGUAGAGACCAACCUAUCUUCAUCAUCUUGCGCAGUUUCUCCAGAUUGCCCGUAAUUAGGUACAGGAAGGAGAGCUUGUCAAAGUUCUUGGUGCGCUGGUAACACAUCUCCACGAUCUGGUGGUUCCCUUGGAGCAAGGCCACUUCCCCCAGUUUUUCCCAACAGUUCUUAUCAUCCAAGGCUUUGGCUGCCUCCAGAGCAAUCUAAAAUAGCACCAAAAACACGGUCCUUGGGUUAAUACCUAGACAACCCCAAGGGGGCAGAGCAGAGAGGCCAUUCUCAGCCCUGCUUCUUGAGAUCAUGCAAGUAAAAGUUCACCAAAGACAGAACCUGGAACCUUCAUGCUCCACCACUGAGCUAUAGAGAGGAAGAUUUAGCAUUUUAUGGCUUAGCAGACAAAUGUUGGGACAGAAUUUGCCAAUAAAAGGCAAGUUUGCUUUUAAAAAAGGAAAGGAGACAAUGCUGGAAUGAAGGAGUGGAUUUGCUUAACUAAAGACCUUGCUAGUUACAGAUUGUUGGCAGGGGGAGGAAGCGUGGAACCCUUGUGUGAGACACCUCUAGGUCUUAGAUCUGCGUGCAAGGCCCUCCUGGAGAUGGCUGGAGAACAGCUGGCGCCAUGUCUCACCUCAAUGUUGCCGCAUUCGAGAGCCAAGCUGAACCGAGUCUUCUCGUCUUUCACAAAAUGGAGUGCAACUUCAGGGUAGCCCUUCUUCUGGAGGUAGGCGAUGAUGGACUGGCCCACCAGCUUGGCGUUCCGCACCAUGUGGAGCACCUGGAACAGGAAGUGGGGGACAAAUGAGGGUGCAGUCAUGCGUUUAGGGAAUAAAUCCUAGGUUAGCACAAUGGCUAUCACAUGUGGCAGGCGGUAAGGAGAUCUGGAGGGAAAGAGGCUCAGCUCAAUGUGUGGUUGCACUGUAAAAGGAAACUCAGUGGUAUGAUGUCUAUGUCCCCUGGUAAAAUUCCUGUUAGGCAUUAUUUUCAUAGGAGAGCUGUAAAUUAAUUCUGGUUAUAUGUUCCAGAGAGAGAGACUUGCUUGUAAAUCACUGGGAAAUUAAGAUUUUCUUAUAGUGUUUGCAAACAGCUUAUCGAGUAGUCUAAGGUUCAAAGCUUAAGAGAAAUGUUUUAAUUUUGUAAGCUGACUCUUUAUAUGCCUUUGUUCGUUCUUUACCGUAUAUGUUAUACUGGAAAAAUAAUUUAAAAAAUGAAUUCAAGUGCAUCCCUUCAGGCUGCACCUUUCAGCCUCCUGGAAACAUCUUGGAGGCUUCUGCUGUUCCAGCAGUGUCCUUAAGUUUCUACGGCAAGAAGCGGACGCAAGUCCUGGCAUGGCUUCCUGCCUGCUCAUAUCAAAUAUGGCAAGGAGGUAGAGAGAGAUACAGUCGCCCUACACGGCUGCUGUACAGAGAUGGGAGGCAAUGCAAGAGACAGGCCGUUUGAGAAGACGCCCUCCUCUCCAACACUGGGCACGGAUGGCAAGAGGAAGCAGGCAGCACACACCUCGUCAUACUUCCGGUUGAUGAGAGCCAGCUUGAACUUGAACUCUGUCGGGUCAAUGGUCAGGACUCGGGGGCGGCAUUCGCGAUCCAGGCAGUAGACGUUGUUCCCCUUCACCCGCGUCACGUAGAUAGGCAGGUCCAGGGUGCGGAUGAUCCCAUGGUCUCUAGAUGGGGAAUGCGGAAGCAGGAGUUGUGGGGGGUGUCAGGGACUCGACCGAGGAAGAAUGGUGGGAGCCCCCCCCUUUUUCUGAACCUUCCCAAGGGCAGGAGGACAGUAUUGAUUUAGAACAGUGGUUUGCAGAGGAGCACAGUCCAGAGGGGAAAAGCUAGGAAAUACUGGGUGAGGAACAGCGAGAAGAGGAAACGCCAAGAGAGAGACAGCUGGCAGAUUGUGUCCUUGGACAGCAUUCCUGACCCCCCCCCUUGCCUAAGAAAGUGAUAGAACAGAAAGCGCAACAGCAACAAGCUCAGAUUACCCAACAUAGGAGUGACAUAGAUUAAUGGGGACCGAGGGGGUGAACUGGGAGCAACGCCAUUUUUUAGAGAGAUAUGCAUUCUCUCGCUGUGAUUAUUAAAGAUCUUAUCUAGUAC